CCGCAGCUCCUUGGUUCCGGCGCCGCUGGAGGCUCAGCCUUCCGGGUUGGCUGAAGGAAGAGAGAGCGGCCUCCUGGCCUGAGCGUUGUUCCCGCGGCGGGCGGGAAGCAGACCCUUCUCCAAAACUCGGGGCUCCAGCGACCCCUUGACCGCAGCGGCAUGGCAGUCCCAGGUUGCAACAAGGACAGCGUGAGAGCAGGCUGUAAGAAGUGCGGUUACCCUGGCCACCUGACCUUUGAGUGCCGCAAUUUUCUCCGAGUAGACCCCAAGAGGGACAUAGUUUUGGAUGUCAGCAGUACAAGCAGCGAGGACAGCGAUGAGGAGAACGAAGAGCUAAACCAGCUGCAGGCCUUACAAGACAAAAGAAUAAAUGAAGAUGAGGAAAAGAGAAGAGAAAAAAGCAAAGAAAAAAUCAAACUGAAAAAAAAAAGAAAAAGGUCACAUUCCUCCAGUUCUGCUGAAGAGGACACGUCAAAACCGAAGAAACAAAAAUAUAAGAAAAAAGAAAAGAAGAAUAAAUCAAAAAAAGGAAAACACCACAAAAAGGGAAAAAAGAAGAGAAAAAAGGAGAAGCGCUCUCCCAGUCCUAAUAGCUCCGAAUUCUCCAAAAAGUAACUUGGGACUUUGGCUUGUUGUCAUAGCCCAGAAUUUUGUUUUCCAAAGUUACUUGUUCUUCCUGGGAAUUGACUCGAUGGCAACACUUUGUAAUAAAUCAUGGCCUUCCCCAU